GUUAUCCCGUUCCAUCUAUUAAAGCAAUAAGCUAUACGCAAACGCAACCCAAAUUGAACCGAACCCUAACUUCCCGAUUCCUUUGUUUCGUAACCCUCACAUCCUGUCCAAGUUUUAACCUUUGCUCGCUUCUGCUCCUGCGUCCCAGCUGGUAAAUUGCACUUUCAAAUUUGUUAUUUUGCUCCUAAAUCCCGUGCCAGCAAGCAGCAGCAAAUUUCAACACUUGUACUCUGUUUUGACCUAAUUGUCUCUCCUUCUAACACCUGUCGUCGAUUGCCACUCCUAUUGAAUUAUUCACACACACAGAGAUAUAUAAAGGAAUGGGUUCUGUGCUAAGUUCAAAGAAGAGCAAAGAGGAGCUUGAAAUGGCGUUGAAUAAGGCUAAGGAGAUAGCAUCCUCCUCCCCUGUCCUCGUCUUUAGUAAGACUUACUGUGGCUACUGCAAGCGGGUCAAAGAUCUCCUGACACAGCUAGGAGCAACCUACAAGGUCGUUGAAUUGGAUAUGGAAAGUGAUGGGGGUGAUAUUCAAUCAGCUCUAGCUGAGUGGACAGGGCGAGCUACUGUGCCUAACGUGUUUAUUGGAGGAAAGUACAUUGGCGGUUGUGACACUCUUUUCGAGAAACACCGGGCUGGUCAACUGGUUCCUCUUCUCAAUGAUGCUGGAGCCAUCGCCAAUAACUCUGCUCAGCUCUGAAUAACCACACUUAAGAUGAAAUAAGGAGAAAUUGUAUGCUGAAAUUUCUGGCAUUACUUUGUAUGAAUAUAAAGGGUAACAAGGAUGUAUAAUGGGCUGUAAUUAUGUGAUACACAUCAAAGAUAUUAACCGAUCUAAGUUACCCAUCUGAAUAGAUUGGAGCUGAGAUUCAAAUAUUCUCGUUUGUUGAGAUUAUGUGACUUCCUAACGAAAUCAUGGUACAGUUAUUGGCAUCUAGAGCCUUUAGUUACAGCAGGGGCUAUGUAUAUAAUAACUCUGUGUGUGUAUGCAAAUAUUAUUGUUUGUUGAGA